UGUUUGAAUUAAAAAAAAAACAGGGGAAAAUGCGCCGAACAAACUCAAGCCUUAUCCAAAAUCUCACACCGAAAACACUAUAAAAGCCUCUUUCAACUCAAACUCUUUGGUAUCAAACCGGUGAGAAAGAGGGAGAGAGAUGGCUGACAUCGCGAUCUUGGUGGCGGAGGAGUACGAGAAGAGAGAGAAGAAGACGGCGGAGGAGAAGGCUUCGCCGGUGAUGGUUCACCUCAGAGAUUUACCGGCGACGGCGAAGAAGAAGAUGAUUGAGAGUUUCGAGAAGAAAUUCGAGGCCAAGUCACAGUUUGCCCUCGCCGCCUCCUCUUGCUCCUUCUCCGCUUGAUUUCACGUGCUUCUUCUUGCUUAUUUUCCAAUUCCAUUUUCUUCUGACAUGUAAAUAUGUUGAUUAAUUUCUGAAUCGAAAUCAAAUGUAAUCCUCUUCACCGUUAGAAUUUGAAUUAUAUAUAAAAAAAAAUAAUACAAUCUCCAUUUGUCUUGA